AUGUCAAACAUCGACGUUCUUGAUGCCUCAGGCCCAGGACCCUUCCCACCCCUCCAGAAGGCUAUCGACCUGCGUCCUGAGCUGAGGACGCUGACCAUUGCUCGUGGAGGCCGUGAAAACCCUGCCAUGUUUGAGGGUUUCUUGAUGGCUAUGCGGCAGACAAAGCCUUUAUACUACAGACUUGUUCAGUGCAACGUAGCAAAGGACGACGGCAACGAGAUGUUCAAGGCGGGCAAAUUUCCCGAGGCGAGGGCAAAGUAUGUCGAGGCCGCAAAAAAGAUUCUGGGUGAGGACUUUGUCUUCCCCGUCGAGGCCCGCAAGGUAAAGAGUGAGAAAUACAUGAAAUUGGUGUGGCAGGAGAUGAUGGAUGUGGUUGCGUGCUUUAAUAAUAUGGCGCAGUGCUACAUCAGGGAAGGAAACUCGGAACAGGCUCUGGAAUGGCUUCAAGAAGUUGCCGUAAUCUACAUGAACCAAUCCUUCGCACAGAAGACACCGCUAUUCUAUUGGAAGAACACAAAUCUCCUGAUUGAGGAAUACUAUCUCAAUCAGCAAAAAUACCACCUCCGCCUUUCGCAGGUAUUCCUCAAACUUCUAAACACCUCAUGCGCGGUCCACCACUCCUGGGCCGUCGCCUCAAUCUCCGGAUCCAUUGCAACGCCCCAGAAGCCUCCUCGCGUCACCAAGAUGCUCGAUGAUGCGAACGUGAUGAAAUUUGCGCAGUACCGCCAUCCUGAUAUUAAUCUCCCCGACAGGCUCAAGGUUUCCUACCCCAAUCUGCAGAUCCGGGGGAAAUGGGAGAGACUGGUGACAAAGAGUCGACCUCCAGCACCACGACUCGGAAUGGCUACGUGGAUUUGGAGGGGGAAGCUGUAUGUUGCGGGCGGCCAAAGUGCAAUGCAGGAUCGUGUUAGGGAUAUGUGGUGCUUGAAUCUUUCCACGAAGCCGGAGGAAAGGAAAUGGCGUAGACUUGUUGAUAUCCCACACCAUACCCAAGGAGGUCCACAGGAACACAGCACCGCUGGGAUUGUGAUGAAAGUGUGGGAAGAUAAAGCUUGGCUUUUCUUUGGGUCUAAAACUGUUUGGGCGUUUGACUUGGUUGAAGAAACCUGGGAAAAGAAAACAACGGUUCUCAAGAAGAAAAAGAAAUGGCCGUAUGAGAAAAAUGACUUGUCAGAGUAUGCGAUGGAGGUAUAUAAGGGCAAAAUGUAUGUUUUUGGCGGACAAGAUGGUCGUAUGCAAUUAGGCUGCAACCUGUUUAUGGCAUUGGAUCUCAAGGAUUUAACAUGGGAACUGAUCUCCGGGACCUCCGAACCGGUCGCAACACACGACUCUCCAAUGCUCAGAGUCCAUCCUGAGGCCUGGGUCAUUCCAAAGGAAAACAAGCUGUUUAUCAUGUACGGAAACGCAAACCGUAUGGGGGAGAGCCUUGGCGGCCGAGAAGGAACCCAUGGCGCCGAGUGUGACUAUACAUAUGAGGAUAUCUGGGCGUUCAGCUUCAGCACCAAGACAUGGACUCGCGAGAAAACUCGAGGAAACUACCCAUGCCCACGAACUGAGUUUUCAUGCGCAUACAACCCAAGGCUCGAUAGAACUGUUGUGUUUGGAGGAUAUUGUGGAACCACGAAUACAUAUUUCCCAGAUCGAGGUGUGAACUUCACAUUUGCCUACUAUGCGGACACAUAUAUCUGGAACCCUGCAGACCGAAAGUGGAGCCAAGUCCUCACCCGCGGGUUCCCAACAUACCGCGCGCAGGCCCGUUUGAUUAUUGAUGAACAGAGCGGCAAAUCGUAUUUGUUUGGCGGCUACACUAACUCGGACUUUGUGCCGUCUAACCACGUUGUUUCCCGUGCUUUUAACGAUCUGUGGGAGCUCAAGAUUGACUUUGAGGAUGGGCGAGGGGGGAUUGUGGACCGAGUGUUGGAACUCGGUAAAGACGAGAAAAGGACCGCUGUGAUGGGACCGUGGGGAACGUGUUUCUGUUGUGGCGCUGUGGGGCAGUGGAAGAUGUGUGGUGGUAGCUGUGGUGGGGUUGUCCGGUAUUGUUCGAAUGAUUGUGGGAGGGAGGCGUGGACAGAGCAUAAGAAGAUUCAUCAGUGCAAGGUGAAAGAGGUUGUGCGAAAAAAGACCUAA